CCCCUCGGUUCACGUUGCCAUCGCCUUUGGCCCUUUGCCCACUUUCCCUCCGACUCCGCUGUGUGUCUCUGGCGCUGACGCGCCUUUACAUCCACUGGAGUGGAAGCCAAGUAUCUUUCCACCACACCCUGUGAAAGAGCCAACCGCAGAAGGAAGCUCAGCUUUUGGAAGCCAUGGACGACUACACGAGGGAGAUGAUGGACCUCAAGACUCUUGUGACCCGCACUCUCGAGAAGAAAGGCGUCCUAGCCAGGAUCCGAGCUGAACUGAGGGCCAGUGUCUUUGAGGCUAUUGAAGAGGAGGAUCAGGUAAUAGAGAAAGAGGAAGGUUUACCGCCUGCAUUGCUUGGUAGCUGCAAUGAUCGAGCAAAACAACUUCACGCCUCUCCUUCGGGUAGACUCAUUACUGCCCUGGUGUGCGAAUAUUUAGACUGGGCUCAACUAAACCAUACACUAAAGGUUUAUCUUCCAGAAUGUAAUUUGCAAAAAGAUUCUUGGAAGGCUGAGUUAAAAGAAUUUAGCAGCAAGAAUGGAUAUGAUCUUAACAGAAAUGGAGAUAGCCCUCUGCUUUUGGAUGUUCUUGAAGGAUUCUUGAAGUUUGAGAAUUUAUCCCAAGCAAAGGCUGGUGGCAGGAGAUUUACUACAUCUGAAACUGAGCCCUUGCCAAACCUAGAAUCCUGGAACAUGCGAAGGCCUUCAUCAUCUGUUGCCGGUGGCUUACCUCCCCUUGGAAGGGCCGUGCCUUCUCAGCCAUCCGAUAGAAGAGGAGGAUCUUCCAUGGCUGGUUACCGGAAGGAUGAGUACAAUUGGCGAUAUGACAAUGAUGACCUUCCAGAGGAUGUGAUUCGAGCUUCUAGUGCUCUGGAGAACCUUCAGUUGGACAGAAAAGCUAGAAAUCUGACAUCAUCUUGGCGACAUGCUGGUGAUGUGAAUAGUGAGGAUGAUGGCAGGUCUGAUCACAUGUAAUGGUGAUGUCACAUGUAUAAUGCCACUGUAUUUACGUUGUUUUCUGAAUCACCGGCCUCUGUCAAUAUUUGGAAGAGGCUGGAUUUAGAUAGUGCGUGAUGUGACAUGAAUUAGUAGUGUUUUCCACUGGCUUUCACUAAUUAUUUUUCCUUCUGUUGGCCUUAUGUUUGUUAAAUGAAUUUGUUCAGCAUCUGUUUGGGUGCCAUGUUUGUCAAGGAAUCCAGGGAAAAAGGUUUGACAAAAAUGAGUGAGAAGUAUUUCACAGUUCUUGCUUUGCAU